AUGAAUGUAACUGAUACCAAUAGUACUAAUAAUAGUUUAUCAUCGUCAAGUCAUGAAAAUCCGAUACUUGAAAAUUUGUUUGGAUAUCUAGGAACAUUCUUGCUCUCUAUUCAAUUACUACCUCAAGUCUAUAAAAAUUGGAAAGGGAAAAGCACAAAAGGGCUUUCCGCGACAAUGUUACUGAUAUUUGCAACCUCUUCAUUUAUAUUUGGGAUUUACACUAUCGGAGUUUCUCUUCCAAUCCCAAUAAUACUACAACCUCAAUCGUUUGGUUUACUAAGUUUGGUGUGUCACGUGCAAUGUCUUUAUUAUAAUAGUAAUAAAUAUCAUCAAAAAGAAAAUAAAAAAGAGGAGAUCCAUAUUGAAGAAAAAAGAGACAAAGAUGAAAAUAACGAUCACUUUGAGCAGAGUGAGAAAAAGCCAACUUUGACAGUAACUACACCAAUAUCGGAUUAUGAAAGGAAGCUAAAAUUACGUAACCAUCAGAUUAAAUGCCUUAGUAUAUUUUCCUUUUGGAUAGUAUUCUUCACAACAGUUCAAACGGUCGGUGCAUUAUGGAUUAAGAGAACACAUGAAAAAAAUAUUUCAUGGCCUGAAAAUACUUUAGGAACUCUUUCAUUGGUGCUCAUAUUUAUCGGUUUUUUACCACAAUAUUAUGUAAUAUUUCGUGACAAAAUAGUUCGUGGUAUUUCUUUUAUUUUCACUUGUAUGGAUAUGAUUGGUUGCAUAUUCGAAUUACUCAGUUUGGCAUUUGCACCUCCACCAUUCAACAUUCUCGCGUCAUUGGUCUACAUUUAUAUCAUCGUUUCGUGGUUGUUGAUUAUAUUUUUAUAUUAUUUUUUUUCAUGGUGGAACUCACGUAAAAAUAAAGAGGUUGCCGAGGAAAACCAGACCUGA